AUGUCGGUCAAAUUUGAGCGGGACACGGUCCGGACCAUCCAGGAAUCGGCCUCGAACGCCCUUGAGCAGGCCGCUGCCGACCAUGGCGCCGUGGUCCAGCGCUCCAUCAAGACGGUGACCGAGAAGACCAUUGAUGGAGCCGCCAGCGCCGCUGCCGAGCGCGCCGCCGCUCUCGCUGAAGGUCCCGGCCCGAUCAAACGGGCCUUUGAAGGCGCGCCUCCUCUUCCCGGCACCAGUGGAAAGCACCCGAUCGCCGAGACCAUUGGCACGGCAUUGACGGGAGGAAAGGGCAUGGCCGGUACCAAGGGCUAUCUGGCGGCCUAUAUCAAGGAGCUUGAGUCCAACCCUCUGCGCACCAAGAUGCUUACGGCCGGAACCCUCGCCGGCGCCCAGGAGUUCCUCGCCUCGUGGCUGGCCAAGGACCGCAACAAGCAUGGCAACUACUUCACCUCGCGCGUGCCCAAGAUGGCCGCCUACGGUGCCUUGGUCAGCGCUCCCCUGGGCCACUUUCUCAUCUGGCUGCUCCAGAAGCUCUUCAAGGGCCGCGUCAGUCUCCGGGCCAAGAUUAUCCAGAUUGUGGUCAGCAACCUUGUGAUUGCGCCCAUCCAGAACAGCAUCUACCUGGUGGCCAUGGCCCUCAUUGCCGGCGCUCGAACGUUCCACCAGGUCCGCGCAACCGUCAAGGUCGGCUUCUGGAGAGUCAUGCGCAUCUCGUGGCUCACGUCGCCCAUCUGCCUGGCCUUUGCCCAGCAGUUCCUCCCUGACGAGCUCUGGGUCCCCUUCUUCAACCUGGUCUCCUUCGUCAUUGGCACCUACAUCAACACCCUGACCAAGAAGAAGCGCCUCGCGGCCCUGCGCAAGAAGCACUACGGCGAGAGCCGCGAGAACCGCCCGCCGCCGCCGAUGGGUCGUCCCGGCCCCGAGGACUAUCCUCCCCCUCCCCACAUGGAAUCCAACCCCAACCUGGGCAGACGCGACGGACUACGUGACCCUCGCGAUCCUCGUGACCCUCGUGACCCUCGCGACCCUCGCGACCCUCGCGAUCCCCGCGACGUUCGCGACCCCCGCGAGGCCAACAUGGCAGGCCACAAUCCCAACUACUAA